AUGGAUAAGUCUUCGUUCGAGCUUCUGAACUUCCUAAAGGAGGACGAAAGAAAAACCAUGUACAUUGACAGAAAGUACACGGGGACAGAAGACGACUACUUCAAAGAGCUGCUCACGUCAGGGACCAUAUACGUGGGAAACCUUUCUAGAAACACCACAGAGGCGCAGCUGCACAUGCUUUUUUCGCAGUGCGGGAAAAUCCGGAGGAUUUCCAUGGGGCUAGACGCAAAGAGGUUUGUCCCGUGCGGGUUUGCCUUUGUGCAGUACUACGACGUGAACGCGCCCAUGCUUGCCCGAAAGUUCUUUUCCAAGUACGUGCUGGACCAAAGCACGAUAUACAUCGACCUGGACAGCGGGUUCUCGGAGAACAGACAGUUUGGAAGAGGCGCGAACGGCGGACAAAUCCGGUCUGAAUUGCCUGGGGGCGACAGGAAAAGAAGAUAUGUUUAA